GCACCGCGACGCAACGCGUGUUACUCUGCGAUUAAAAUUUUUUUCCGAAAAGCUUUUAUUCAUACAAUAUAUAGAUGUAUAUGUGAAAUUCAAAAAAUUUAAUUUUUAACAUUUUUCUGAAUAUGUGAAUUCUUUUUUUUUUGUUUAUUAAUGCAGUGUUUUCACGAAUUUCAAGAUAACCCUUUUUUUAUUUAUUAUUUUGCAUGUACUAACCCUUAUGUUCGGGAAAAAACAUGAUUUAUUUCUUCAAGGCGUAUUCCUCGAUUUACUCAUUUUUUCCCAGAAACUAAGUCUGAUGGUAAACCUGCCUCUAUCUACAGGAAUCACACUAUGCGUGCGGGAAGAACCAAUGAGCAAGAUUCAGCUAACGACUGGAAUUAAAAACUCAUGUCACAACUAUAACACAGUUAAAAGAGAGUUCAUGGGGACGAAAAGGAACUUUAAGAUGUCAUAAAAAUGAGAAAGACAUUCAGUUGUAAAGAAUUGAGCGAAACUAAGUGGUGCAAAAUGAUAUAACUGACUACCACAGAAAAAAUGGAGGGAAAAGUUAAGUUAAAAUCUAAUUAAGAAUCUUGAAUUUUUUUCAUUUCAUGUCUACGAAUGUUAAAUGUUUCAUGAAUAAUUAUUACAUUAAGGAAUCUGGAAACACAUGACCUUCUUGACCAGACAUAAUUUCACUUCAGGGUUAAAGAAAUCUACCGUGUGUAAAAUUAACCCUCAAAGUGAUGGUCCAACGGUGAAGUUCAUAGUACUUGAUGAUACAUGUUGAAAGAAACAGUAACUGAUAAAAAUAUGAAGGUGGACGGAGAUAUAGACUUGGGUAGUAUUUUCUAUCGGAAUGGUCCGAUAUAUGAAGAAGAUUUCACCUGAAGUACCAGGACAAUGUCAGGACUGAAAACUGAAAUUGUUGCAGAAGGAACAAGCAGCACUUUACUGUCAACCGUAACGCGGCUAGACAGUCGAGUGGACAUCAGUCCUAUUUCUACAGCUUUAGCAAUCUCAAUUGUCUUCAUUUUGUUACUAAUUACUAUAAGUGGAAACUCCAUCAUUCUUUUUGCUUUCUACAGAUAUAAGAGACUGAGAACAGCUUCAAACUGUUUACUUGUGUCAUUAGCCGUUAGCGAUUUAGGUGUCGGAGUUUUCAUGCCAUAUGGGAUGUAUUUGGAGUUGGCUACAGUACCGGAAAGUGAAGUGUCAACCUUGUGCAUUCUACCUUAUUGUAUUGUAAUUUCCCUUUGCAGUGUGAGUGUCCUAGUCACUGUAGCGAUUGCAGUUGACAGACUAACAUCUCUCGCACAACCAUUACGAUACAAAAACAUAAUCACGCACAGCAGUAUUGAAAAAUACAUUGCUGUUUUUUGGAUCUACGCAAUCGCUGUGGGAUUAUCUCCUCUUAUUUAUGAUCAGUUCGCAGCGAGGGAGCAAAAUAAGAGUGAAAGCUGUCGAUUUGGAGAGGCAAUAUCACCUCCAAUAAGAAUAUUUCUAGUGGUGGCGGUUUGGGCUCCAAGUGCACUCAUUCUACUUGGGUGCUACAUGUACGUGUAUUUAGUUGCACGGGCACAUGCACGUGCAAUUUAUACCGUAGAGCUCUCGUUUCGCCAUCAAACGCAGACUCUGACUCUUCCUCGUUACGGACAAACCUUGGCGGUGACUGUCGGCGCAUUUUUCAUCCUCUGGUUGCCUUUCCAGACUUGCAUGCUGCUGGACAUAUUCUGUGGGACUGACAUUCUAUCAGAGUGGACAAUUUGGUUAGGCCUACCUGUUCUGGCACAUAGUGGAGCAAACCCUUGGAUAUACGCCUUUCAUCAUGGCGAAAUGCGAAUUGCUGCUGGAAAAAUCGCAGAAGACUUGGUAGCCAUCUUUGGACUUAAACCUAGUCGAUGUGGAUGUUCUCCAAUGAGACGAGGGUCGAAUACUAAUCUUGAACUUGCGGCAGUAAAUAACAGUGAUGAACGUCAACCUGUGGAAGAUUGCUUUGCUGCAAAACAACACAAUUUUAAGCUUUACACAAGUCGUAGAUGCCUAGAAAUGUCUGGGAAACUAGCCGAUAUAUCACCUGAACGAGGUGACAUGGAUUCUUCUUCUGAAAGCUGUAGGCAGGGGAACAUAAUAGAAGAAAAUAUUCAUGAUUUAACUAAAAUGCUUGAUCCGAAGUAUAUUAUUGAUCGAAAUCAUAUAAUAGACUCUAAUCACAACGUAGAUAAAAUUAAAAGUCUCAAAUAUCUUCUAGAUCCAACAUUUAAUAAAAUUCGACACUUAAGAAGACUUAACCAUAAAAGAAUGUCAAAUAAAAACUUUCAAAAGUCUAAUGACCCUAAGUUCACAUCUUAUCAAAAUUUAAAAAUUGGUGAAAUUUCCAACAAAAAGAACGUGCAAUUAAAUACUAUGUCAGAUCCUGCUCUCAAUUCUGAAAGUUCUAAUAGUGAGAAAAUUCUCUUAAAGCAUGUUUUGUGUCACAAUUCCGGUCGUUGCCAAAGAAGAGAUUCGAAUCUCUCUUCUCUCUCGGAUCCAAAUAUAAAGACUGCGACAGGAGGUUCUAAUGUUUGCCUUAGACUUCUCCCAAACUCGAAUAGUACAUCUAAUAGUCACAGGUAUUCAGUUCAAAACCUAUGGAAUCACAAAUAUGAACCUAGUCUUGCCAAAAGUUUGGCUCAAUGUCGACAUUUAGAAAACCAAAAAAAGUUUUUACCAUGGCAAUCACGAUUGCGUCCUACGAUUAAACCUACUGACCAUAUUGACAGUUCAUGUCCAACUUUUGAUCUUAGAUUACAAGACUUUAGUCAUAGCUCUUUGCCAACAUCAAAAAUUUUUAAAGAAAAUUCUAGGUCUAGUCUUAGACAGAAAAUCUCACCAAAACAUUUAAACAUUACAUCCAACUGGCUUGCAAAUAUUAUCGAUUCAAAAUUAAAAUCUUCCGAAACUACUGUAGAUCCAAUGGAAAGAUUAGUUCAAGCCAAAAAAAGUUUUGAAACGUUGAAGGAUUCCGAAUCAAUCUUUAAAGCUGAAUCACAAUCGAGACUGUUAAUACCCUCUAGAUUAAAGAAUUCCUUAAACGUGCCUAUUGUACACUCGGAACCUCCUAGUCCCAUAGAUCCUCUUCCUUUAGCUUCUCUUGAAGAAGAAAAAAUGAAGUAUCUGAAUAUUUCUCCAAGGCUUCAAACGUCGAGAAAUUUUAAAAGCCCAGUAAGACAUUCGGAUCCAAUUAUUCCCGCAGUUCUGUUGAGCAUCGAAGACUGCUGUAUCAGUCCCACUAAAAGCAUCGAAAACCUUCAUAACUGUUGGUCAGACACAUCUUCCAAUACCACUCCUACUUUUGAUCCCAUCGAACUUUCUGAAGCUCUUCUAAAGAGUAGAGAGUUUAGAAGAGGAAGCAAAUUAACAGACACAAUUUUCGUUGAACACGACUCUACCAGAUACAGUUCCCGCAGGCCUUCUGAUUCUAGAUGGUCAGAAUCUUCCAGAAGUCAAGAGAUUCUUUCGAACGUAGCAGAACAUCAGAAGUUUCCGUCAUCUUAUUCUGUAAAUAAUUUUCAGAAUUGUACAAGUGGUAGUGAUCUUAAUGACGUCACAUCAUGCCUUGGCUCCUUUAUGUGUCCUGAUGCACUUAGUUCUUCCCUUCGCGAAUCCUUCUUUGAAGUUCCGUCUGCUCUGAAUUCGGAUAUAUUUACUUCUUUUGAGGAAACAGAUGAGUACACUAACGAAACAACUAUUCCUUCCGUUACAAUGGUCCAUUCGUCCGUGUCCAGUGUAAACUUUGAAAAUAUGAAAGCUGCUAGUGCCGAAGUACAAAGUAAAUCUUCGGAAUCAGUGUUUCACAAUAAACAAUCUUUUAAUAAACAGUGUAAAAUAUUGAGACUAGAGCCUUCUGCUCAUCAAAGGGGAAAAGUUAGACCCUGCAAAGAACAUAUUUUGGAAGAUAAUUUAAGAAAGAAGGUUUCGAUAUUAGCGCCUUUGGCUAGUCCUACACCAACGGAAAUUUGUACGCCGACAUUUGAUAUUGUUUCAGAUAUGAAAGGUGAGAUUGGUGUAAGCGUUAGAGUGUGAUUGUGAAAUUUUCUUUUUUUCUGAAAUUAUCCAAAGACUUUUAUUCAAUUUUCUAUUGUCAUGUAUUUGUCAAAAAAGCACGGUUUAAAUGUUUUAUUGGUAAGUUUAAAUCAUUGAUCAAAAAAAUGAAACAUUAGUAAUGGAGAUUUAAAAAAUAACAAAGUUCAAAUGUAUAGAUAUCUUUUAGAAUAAAUAAAAUGAUUUAUUUUUCAAA